CACCAUGCACCACACACAAGAAAAUUAUCGGUCACGGUUGCAAAUUGUCAUCUAUUGUGAUGAGAAAUCAUCACCAUGAACAAAAUUAAAGAUAAAUGGAAAUAAAAAACUAUACGAAGCGUGGAAGUCGAUUCAACCAACCUACACACACGCACAGAGCAUGAAAACGGAAGCCAUGCUAACCGGGCCGUCUCGAGAAUCACGCGAAGAUGUCUUGUCCACCUGCAUCGCUGCAUUCCGCAGUUCUUGGCUUACAGUAGGUGGAUACUAAGGUUCCACUGAACAAGCAGAUGGGUUCAUCACCGCUCCAAACAAUAGAAUUUGCCGAACGGUCUGAAGGAUUCAAGACGGAAGGAUUUGCGAUCUGCGGGGACAGAACGCGGGGGAAUCAAGACUCUCUGUCGAUCCCAUCAAUGGUUCAUCAUGGGAUCAGCAUAUGCGAUGCAACCCAUCCAUAAUAGUCACCGCCUGUAUUAGGUGGCAGCUAAUUAAUUACCGUGCGAUUGCAACACAAGGACAGGUCAAAGAGUGCAACGGAGCAACCGACACUUUUCAAAAAUCAAAGACGUAGAUUGAUUGCACUGGACAACAAGAGACAACAGGCAUUGUUCAAGAAUGACAUUGAAUUGAAGCUAAGGGCCUAAAGUAUACACACUGUGUGUUGUGUUGUUUUCCAUCUUCGAUACAAAAAACCAACAACGAUAAAUAACUGAUUAUAAAGGGUUCAGAAGAAGAGGUAGUCCGUCAUAUAUCAACACCGGGACGCCGAAAAAAAAAGUGAAAUCCCAAAAACACCAUCUAAAAAUGAAUGCGCUUGUCCGUCCGUUUUGCCUCAGCCCCUAAGAUCUAAGCAUUGAUAGGGAAGUCAGACAAGCUGUUGUUCCAGCAGCGGGCACCAUCGUUGAAGAAUGCCUGCGUCUUGAUGUUGGAGACAGAAAGCAUCUUGGGUGUGCCAUCAGGAACCGUGAUGGAGUAGAUGUUACCAGUCUUGCUUUCCGAGGUGAAGAGGGUCUUGCCAAUGUAGCCCCAAGCAGGACCAAAGUGGUCAUCACCAAUGAGGUUGCCAUAGCUCUUGACAACCUCCCAGGUGUGCGAGGUGCGAGAGAAGCGGGCAAGAGCAGCAGAGUUGUCGGACUUUUUGGUGGCAACAGUCCACAGGUAGUCUCCGGCGUCGGGGAUGAAGGCCCAAUCAUAGACGUUGUAGGCGAAGCUGCUCCAGCUACCAGAAGCUCUAGUCGUAGCAUAGCCAUCAGCGUCGUUCUGGUUCCAGUUGACCUGGUACCAUGUGGUGUUGUCCAUGAGCCAGUAGUUAGGCUUGUCGUCAAUCUCGCCAACGAGAGCAGCAGCGGGAGCAGGGCCGUAGACGGAGUAGACACCGUCACCAUCAAUGCUACCAAAGACAGGACCCUUUUCCUUAGUAUCGCCAGUGACAAUAGUUUGAAGAAGACCGUUCUGGGGAUCAACGGCAAGGGCGUUCAUGGAAGCACCGACACCGCCGACAAUCUUGUCCUUGACCAGCUGGUGGACACCGGUGGUAGUGUUGACACAGUAGAGGGUCUCACCAUUGACGAGCCAGUUGCAGCCACAUUCGAAGCCAACAACAUCUACUAAGUCGGCACUCUUGGAGGAAGACACGGCAGAGCUAGUCUUGCUUGGCUUAGAGCUGGGAGUAGGAGUGACGGUGAGCUUGCUGCUGGAAGAGCUCUUAAUAGGAGUGCUAGUAGACUUGGGCAUAGAAGUAGAGGGAGCAGAGCUGGACUUGCCAGCGGAGCUUGGGGCGGCAGAGCUGCUAGCAGGAGCAGAACUACUGGCGGGGGCAGAGCUGCUGGGUGCAACGGAAGAAGGAGCCGAAGACGAGCCAGGUGUGGUCGUCACGUCUAGCUUAAGGGGGACGGAAGAAGAUGGAGGAGCGCUGGAUAGAGCAGCACUAGAGGUCGAGUUGGCCACAAUGGGUUCAAUGGAGCUGGAAGCACAAGGAACCAUAUAGGUGGUCAGGUAGGUCCGGCAAACGGACGCAUCGUCUCCUCUCUUGUCAAGGACAGGAAAGCGAGCGCCAUAGGCUGUGGCUGCAAAGGCCAAGACAACAGCGGAAGUCUUCAUGAUGAUGAUGAUGCAAUAAAGGGAAGAAAGAAUGAACAAGGGUAAAGAAGGACAAGAAAGAUGAAAGACAGUGUUAAAGUCUGUUGGAAGAGAAGGGACUUUGGGCGAUGAAGAGUUGAAGUGCUGACAUCAGGAGUGGCGUACCACAAUAUAUAUUCAAGAGAACGCAUUGGGAAGCAACCAUGACAACGGCCCAUCAACGACUCAAUAGCACUGCUUCCGACCAAUGUUUUGCUGUCGUCCGUCCGGUAUACAACCCAAAGAGCCGGGUCAAGCCACUCGGCCGUAUUCACUUGCAACGAGGUACCCUGAGCGUGCCUGAGCCAGCCACGAGUACCUCGAAUCUGCUUGUGGUAGCCUCGCAGAGUGCUAGUCUCGGCCGCAUCAGGAACUCAGUUCGUAGCGGAUAGCUUCAUGGGCUGAGACAUUACAUUAUCGAACCACCCCACAAGUAUGAGUUCACGCUAGGGGGUGGAGCUGUCAAAUAUGCCCUACCAGGCGUCUUGACAGUAUACCGGGAGUAUACCUAGGGCAAUCGGCCUAAUACAGUAAGUUGUUGUUUACGGCCAAUGGCUUGAGGGUGGAGGCUAAUGUGGCAUGCCCGUACCAUAUCGGCUUCCCGGUGAGACAUCCAUUUUCGUUUGGCGCCACCCGCUGCAGACACUAAGCAAUGUUGAACUUACACAUCUUUUGACGAAACCUUACUGGUCUUGUUUUCUUAAGUUAAUGGUCCCCAGCAAACAGGGGGCGGCUGGCGAGAAUCCUUCGCCCCGCUGCCCACCAUGAAGCUGUCAAGCCCUGCACAUUGUCCCACACUCUGUACACAAAAACGAUGGAUAUGUGGAAAAUAGACUCUCGGGUGAGAAGCCACACUGGACCAAUUGGCCCUGGCGUACCUUUUCACAUGUGCGCCAUAGCGGUUAAAAUAGAGUUUACAAUCUAAGCGGACCCAGGGAACUGGUAGGGGGAUGUUCGAACGAUGCCGAUCACUUGCACGACGUCGUGAACAUGGCGCACGUAUCGCCUAGCAUCGCCAUCGCAAGGACAAACAAAUCCGGCUAUUGAUACGCAAUCGUUCGGGAAAGAUGGUGUGUAUUUUUGGGAGCUGUUUGUUUUGCUACAGGGUACCUUGAGAAACUAAAAAAAACAAGCCGCUCUAGGUGCAUCGUCCCAUGGUGGAUGCGUUCGAGGGACUGGAAUGUGAACGAGCGGCAAAUUUCCCUUUGUUAUCGCAACCGACCAAAGGCAGCUAUUUUUGCGCACAGUUUGCUUUCAGACUAGCUCAAACUGCACUUACAUGAUGCUGUAAACGUACGUUGCUUGUUUUUGGACGGUUGCUACCACAAACAACGUCGUCACCGGACUCGACACUAUUAGUAUCCCCUUCGAUCCGGCGUUUACCUGAACCUUUUUUAAGUUCCUCAUCAGCCAACUAACUCUUAGGUCUUCAUCCUCUCUUUUACCUUUGCUUAAUUUAUUGCACUUUGCAUUUUGCAACUUCACCUUACUCUCUUUCUUUGCCUUAGCUGCUUCCCAUCUCUCACUUACAUCCCCCUCUUCUCUAUUCCAACCACCACCACCACCUUACAGCAAACAUGCCUCGAUUCAUUGCUCUCGUUGCCAUUCAGGCUCUUUCCCAGGCUAUGCUCACCAGCGCUGACAAGUGCAUGAGCUACAGCGUUGCAACCAUCACUGAUUGCUCGCCCGUCACCACCAGCGCCAGCGUCCCUGCUGUGCCCACAGAGACCAAGACAGUCACUGUCACCAUGCCCAACUGCCAUGUCUGCGAAUGCAAGAGGGAGGGCGGCAAGGACUGCGUCUUCACCAAGACCUACACCACCGAGUACGAGGCCGUCUGCCCUACCGGUGUCAUCACCAAGACCUACACCGUUGAGGAGAUCUACCCCGGCGUUACUGAGAAGCCUCACAUUGUCACCACCACCGAGGGCUGCCCUCCUGGAUUCACCUCGGACGUCGUUACCUGCAACACCUGCGGCCCUGCCGCCAUCACCAAGACCGUCACCUACCCCUCCGGGGGCAGCCCAUGGCAGCCUCAGCCUACUGGCGGCAGCGGUGCCAACAACGGCAACAACGGUAACAACCCUGCUGUCGUCACCGCUGGUGCUUCCAAGAUGGGUGCUGUCUCAGCGCUCGCCGCUGCUUUCGUCGUGGCUCUCGCUCUCUAAGCAGCUAACCUUACACAGGGGGCGAUGCACGAGGACGACGCAUUCUAUAAAACAUUAUUCUUUGAUUCUUUUUUAAUUCUUCUAGAUUCAGGUCUUGGGGUCAUUUACCGGGCGUAUAUCAGCAGUACCCGGUCAGCCCGUUUAUUUUUCGGAGUUUGGUUUACUCGGCGGUUUAUAUCUGGGCUUCUUUUUUUUACUUUAAAACCCUGUAUUCAAUACUUAUAAAUAUAUCUACAUUUUUUUCUUGACAUCUUUCACCACCUUUCUGCAAUAUGCCAUCCUCGCAUAAUCAUGAACUUGCAACAUCUACACAACAAAUUGUUAGGGGGUAUACACCUACCAACCAUAACUCUCUCACUCGUAAUUCAAAGCCCGUAAAGUGAGCACAUUGUCAUUCACGCCUUUUGCACUUUUUAUUCCUAUUUGCGAAGGAACCUUAGCUGUAGCUAAAGUAGCGUGGGGCUCACAAGUUAGAGCCUUGCAGCAAUCAUUCGAUGCAUUUGUGGCGGAGACGAACUCAGUUUAGACGAGAACGACACACCGGGAUAGAUCGAUAAUUAGAUAGCAAAAGUCUCACUAAUCACAUCGGUCGCCGGGCAGCUUGAUGAAUUCGACUUUCGUAGCGGAUGCGUCGGCGUGAUCACCUGUUUGACGCUGGUAAAUUGAAGAUUGAAACACUUCGUAGCCUAUGUCUAUAGCGCCGUGUGCGGCACUUUGUCGCUAGUAUUUACAGUGGUGUCACUAGUGUAGAUGAUCCAGCCGUUCACAGUCGAACCGCUCCAAGUGUGUGUGUGAGUGUGCCACACCAGUCUAUGUCUCGCUAGAUCGGUGCGCUAAAUAGACCAGAAUUAGAAAACACAGGUGACCAGACGGCGACUGUGGUUGCUCGCCGAACAAACCCAGCCACAAGCCAGCCACACCCCGGAUACUCCGGUAGUGCCGUCGAUCUUGUCCUGGCAUAGACAAACAAACCACCUGCUGCCCGUUUUCGCCUAGGGCGUUAUAACAGCCAUGCUAGCUUGCUUUGUGUAAUCGUAAGCGAGAUUGUCUGGUGAUAUCUGAUGAUAAUUGUCGGUCCGCGCUGCUUCGAGAGAACCUUGAGGGCAUUCUUGUUGGGGUGAAGCCUGCGAGGGAGACGAGAGGGAGGGAUGAAGUCUGACGCACGCGCAGCGCUCAGACGCGUUUGCGGCUGUCGAAACGUGGAUGCAACGUGGACUGUGCGAGUUUCUUUGGUUGUUGUAUGGGUAGGCUAUUAUUUGGUGAAGUGAAUAAAAAUUGAUGACUGUUUUGUAAGACUAGCGUUUUGCGUUGGUUUGGGAACUCGAUGCGUCGUAGUUGUAGUUGACG